GUGAAAAACAAAAAAAAAAACAAAAAUAAACAGACACUGUGACGCGACAUAUGAACGAUUUGUGGUUUACCUUGUGUGCAGUGGGAAGAAGUAGCAGCAAUUGCAGCAGCAGCAGCAGCAGCAACAACUAAGCGAGAAGAAGAAGAAGCAGCAGAAGUUAAAAGAAGAGAGAGAGACUUGGAAGAGUCCACAGCAAAGCUUUGAAUGCGUUUCAGACGCACACACUUGCAAUCGCACUCGCGCACGCACACACAGACACAGACACAUCGCACAAUGACCUUGCCAACCAAUACAAAUGCAGCGAACGGCAGCGAUGAUGACUCGGACAUGUUUGGACCGCCGCGCUGCUCGCCGCCGAUUGGCUAUCAUCAUCAUCGGUCGCGCGUGCCAAUGAUCUCGCCCAAGCUGCGCCAGCGCGAGGAACGCAAACGCAUCCUGCAGCUGUGCGCACACAAGCUAGAGCGCAUUAAGGACUCUGAGGCGAAUUUGCGGCGCAGCGUUUGCAUUAAUAACACCUAUUGCCGACUCACCGAUGAGCUGCGACGCGAGAAGCAAAUGCGUUACCUCCAGAAUUUGCCAAAAACCGAAAACAGCAGCACGGAAUUGGCGCGUGAGAACCUCUUCCAGACGAGCAUGGACGAUGCCAAGCCACUGAACAACAACAACAACAACAACAACAACAGCAACAACAAUAAUAACAAUAACAAAUCAACAUAUUGCGAUGUCAACGGCGCACGCACAAUUUGCUCGAUCGAGAACCAUCAAUCGGCGCAGCUGAUGCGUCCCAGCCCAAAUGGCAAUGGGAAUGGGAACAGCUCGAUAUCCUCCUCCACAUCCUCCUCCUCCGCAUCCUCCUCCUCCAUUGUGCCCGUGUCUGCGGCAGCCGCCGCCGCAGCAGCUGCUGUGGCGGCACGCAAACGUCAACUGUCGAACAGCAAUCUGGUUAACGAUCUGGAGAUACUCGAUCGCGAGCUGAGCGCAAUAAAUGCGCCGAUGCCGCUGAUCGAUCCGGAGAUAACACAAGGUGCCGAACAGCUGGAGCGGGCGGCUCUCUCGGCGUCCAGGAAGCGAUUGCGCAGCAACAGCGAGGACGAGAGCGAUCGGUUGGUGCGGGAGGCGCUCUCACAGUUCUAUAUACCGCCGCAGCGUCUAAUCUCGGCCAUCGAGGACUGUCCAUUGGAUGUUGUUGGUCUCGGCGCCGGCGCCGGCGCCGGCGAUCAUCAAAUCGGCGGCAGCAGCAAACGGAUCAAGCUGAGCAGCGUCAACGGUGGCAGCACGGCUGAUCACUUGGAUCUGGUCGAUUUUGAUAUGAAUCAGAAUCAAAAGGACUUCGAGGUCAUCAUGGAUGCACUGCGCCUGGGCACGCCGACGCCGCCCAGCAGCGGCAGCGACUCCUGCGGCCAGGCGGCCAUGAUGAGCGAAUCGGCGAGCGUGUUCCACAAUCUGGUUGUCACCUCGCUGGAGACAUGAAAGUAUCAGUAAUGCGGGCCACAUCAGCGGGCGGCACAGGUGGCCCCCCUCCUCGCCCCCUAAAGGAAAUAAAUAUAUACACACACAUAUAUAUAUGUAUAUAUACGUAAAUAUGAAAACGCAUUCACAGGGACAAACCACAAAUUGGCCUAAAAGCAGCAACAAACAAAAGAAACAAAAGAAACAAAAGAAACAAACAACAUUUACAAUUACACAAGACAAAGAGCAAAGAGUUUUCUAGGUUUAGUUAAGCGCUAAUUAAACUAAGACUUAAAAUUAAGCUAUAAACUAUAAGCUCAAAUACCGCGAGUUGGGUCUUUGGAGCGGCGGCAGCAGGGCGGGGGGGGGGGGGGAUAGUAGGGGAUUUGGUAGGGCAGCAACAAGUCGGUGUUGUCACAUGUCGUUUCAGUAUUACAGCAUAUUUGAUUGCCGACUUGGCCAACAGCAGCCGCCUGUUAAAGUCUGCCAAUAAAACGUCUCGCAAUUUUGUACAAA